CAAAUCUACAAUGUAGACUUUCACCUCGUCUCCCAACCAGGAUGUAAAUUGUUGCGAACAUAAACAUACCCAGUGAACACCCGGAAGGUUUAUCGUACAAAUAUUAUUAAGAAAAAUGGAGUUUGUUCUGAAAGAAGUGACUGAUAUAGUACGAGAAAUAGGAGGACUGAACAGGACACUUGAGACUUCAUUUAAGAGACCCUUGGUGAAUACAAGUGAAAAUGUCCGAAGUUUUAUACAAGAAACUGAGCAGAUUUUCACAGCCAUAAUCGAAAAGGCUAGAACUGCACAAGAGAUUAUGAAGACAAAAUUAUCAUAUUACUGCAAUAUAUUGGAGAUACAUGGACGUCAAACUAUUCCCUCUUCUAUCAAAGAUGAGCCUAAUUCCAGUCCACAGAAGACACGGGGUGCUGUACCAGUUUUCACAGUGAAACUGCCAGUAAAUCCACCAGACAAUAGGUCUGAACAAUGGACAUCCAGAGAACCGAACUUGUCACCGAAUUCACAGCUACCACUCCGUGAACCGUCGAACUUCGGCAGCGAUACCAUAGGAAAUACAUCCCAACUGACGCGUCUACCUUUAGAAGGUGGCAGAGAUAUAUUUGGAAAUAACCGUAAAACUGACAAUGUAAAACAAACAUCAAUGAACGAUGGAAAUGGCAUGACUGCGGGUGGAAACAGACAAUAUUAUGAAAUGGAAAACACACCAGUUUACGGCAAUAUAGCAUCAGGCGGUUCCUUUCUCACAUCUACACCUAGAACAUUGAUGCCCAGUUUAGGUGAGCUAGAUUUGCAAGACCUUCCAACUGCUCAAACACAAGAUAUCGCCGUUUUACAAGGAGUGCCUGAGACGGGAUGACGAUUCAUGUCUAAUAGAAUGGAUACUUGAUCUACAUUCAACUGCUGAUGUUGGUGUGCAAAUGAUCAAGUAAGGAGGUUGCUUAACGAUUUGUGCCAGGAGUUCAUGGAGUGCAUGCAACGAGGGAUACAACAUCUUAAUGUCUUCGAAUUGGGCCAACCGGGUUUUGAUUUCCCUGACAUUACAUCAUUUAUAGAUGAUAUAGAUACAGAAGUGGACAGAGUCGGGACACAAAGUCUGCCUGUUCGGGGAAAAGGUCCAGAUACAAUUCUGUGUCUCGACACGUCAUCAAGCAUGUGCGGAGAAAACUUCAACAAAAUGAUCACAGCUGUGCAUAAGUUAAUUGAUGGUAUUGAAGAGCUUGCCAAUUACGAGGAAGUGCAAGAAAACAUAGCUGUAACUACGUUUGGAUCCUACUCAAGAGUUGUCACUCAUCUUACAAAUGACUAUACACAUGUCAAAAAUGAAAUAGAUUUCCUUACUGCUAGUGGUCCAAGUUCACUACACCGUGGUUUGUCCAUGUCUUUAGCGGCUUGUAUUGCAAACUACGCAGAAGUUUCUGUCAACGAUGUCCGCUUAAUGGCUCGGGUCAUAGUGAUUACAGACGGAAUGUUCUCCACUCAACAUGGUGUUUCUGACGAUGAGUUUGAUCCGAUGAAUACUAUCAUGGUCCCGCUCGCUGCCAAACUUUUCAAAAUGAAUGGAUUCGUUUGUUACUGUGUACAGAUAGGGAGUUCAGAAGAUACGGAAAUGUUACAGUUAUUGACAAAGACUACCAACGGCAAAUUAUUUCCCUACGAACAAAUGGGUGACCUCGCAAUAUUGUCAAAGCAUUUGUUCGCUGCGACUCGUCUACUACGCCAGAGUCCAGCGCUUGUGGAUGGCGAUGAAGAAACAAGAGAAAACGGCGAAGCAACACUUCAGGCACUUCUGGAUUUAGAAAGUUCAAGUCGAGGAGCCUUUGGAAGAGAAUUUUCUGAUUCUGAAAAGGAAACUAUCAUUGAACUCGCUAUGGAUAUUUCUAAACGUCCGUCUACUAGAAUCGCGGAACCAAACGAGUACCCUGUCCAGGAGCUCAGUUUACAGCUACCCCCUCUCGGAACACGAGUCAGGCGUGGUCCAGACUGGGUUCCGACCUAUAAUCAGGACUCACACGGACCCGGUACCGUAGUUAACCACAACAAUAAUGGUACGGUAGAUGUGCUGUGGGACUGUGGUGUAAUGCCUUGUACAUACCACUGUUAUGACCCUUGUCAAGUACUGACCACAGAUAGAGAUGAACGUCAAGUCAGGGCCGGUGAAUUGAUUCAGGUCGGCUGCAAGGUCACGCGAGGGACUGGUUGGAAUAGUGGUGACGAUGACGGAGGUCCGGACGCAUGGGGUGUCGUGUGCAUGUGUACGAGGAAAGGAACUGUAACGGUCCGAUGGCAAAGUAGAAAAAUUGGGAAAUAUAAAUAUGGGGAUGAGGUAGAAUUGAUGGACACCUCUGUCGGACAAGCACAAGCGACUGGUUUUGACGUCAACACCGGUCCUGAAUUUGAAACAGAUAGUAAACCGACGUCUGGUAUUAAGAAAAAACGUCUAUUGUCUAUCGUGUACGAUACCGGUACAAGAGACUCAAAUGCCCAGUUUCUGAAGUCCACCACAUUCAACUAUCACGUUAAAUCAGGUAUUCUGGACUACGCACCGGAUAACCAUCCGAAGCCAGUGAGAUGUCGACCUUUCCAAAAGCCGCCUGGAAUAGAAAUACCUGUUGUGUGGAGUUACCAGGAGGAAGCUCAAGACAAAUGGAUCGAGUUUAGUGCUGACAACGCCAGAAAACUUGAGACUGAUUGGUUAAACAAACGUAAAUCUUCUUUGGUUUCAAUUUUAGACAAAGGUGAAGGACGGACGGGCGAACCGACACACGGACGGAUCGAGUCAAGGGUUGUCUUUGCAAAAAUGACAAUGUCUUCCAUCUCAGUCGGGGAGCGGAAAUCACAGCUCACAUUAAAAGUCAAGAGGGAAGAAAAGUUAAAUCAAGAAAGACGCAAUGAACAACAAAUGUCGGAGGCGGGAACAGAUAAACCAUGAGUGUAUAAAACAAUAUAUGCAGCUGAUGUCGUCCUUGAAAUAAUGUGACCCAGAGGUUUAAGAGCAACAGGGAGCUAUGAUGUCCUCUGGGUAAUAUUAUAAUACAUGAGUUUAAGAUGUGCAGGUAGUUAUGAUGUCCUCUGGGUAAUAUUAUAAUGCACGAGUUUAAAAGGUGCAUGUAGUUAUGAUUUCCUCUGUGAAUUAUUAUGACUCCGAAGUGAUGUGGAAUAAUGGUGUCCUAUGAAAUAGUUUGCAUUGCGUUCCCUCCUGUCCCGAUGUAAUGUAACUAGCCAAUCUCAGGAACUGCUGAUGCGAUCUUCGCCAGACUGUUUCGAGGUGUCAAGUGCCAACGGGGGCAUUUAUAUCUUACAUAUAUUUUCUAGUUACAUCAUAUGACGACCAAAUAUGCGAAUAUACCAGAAUUCACAAAUAAAAGUGUUCUUUGUAUUCACUAAUAACUGAAGGCAGUCCUGUGACAUUUUUACCUAAAUUAGACCAUGUACAGCUUACCCUGUGACAUCUGUGGUAUUUGUUAUAUCUUUGUGUUUACCAUCACUUUACAUCCUAACUAUGACAAGUGUAAAUAAAGACUGAAUUCAAUUAUUACCUUUGUCUGUCCGUCUAUCUAAAACCUUUGUUCCCGAUUCAUAUAGUUUGGUAUCUUGUCCGAUUUACAUUAAUUUUGGUCAAGAUGUUCAGUUUGCUAAAAUACACACUGAGGUCAAAAUCAAGGUAAAUAGUCCAUAGAUCAAGGUCUUUGUAUAGUAUAUAUAUCUUUACCGAUGAACAUUUUAUUACAUGCAAGAUAUUAUUUCCUGCAGUUGGUCAAUAUUAAACAAGGAGUCCACUGACUAAAGGUCUAGGUCACAGGGCCAGAGGUCAAUGUAAAGUUUUGAAUCUUUUCGCCGACGACCAUUUGUUAUAUUAUGAAGCAAAGUUUAUCAGAAUUAAACGGUGCAACUAAGUCAUGGUCAAAUUUUGUACCUUUCCCUCAAUGGACAUUUGUUAUGUAUGUAUGUCAUUAUAUAGGAAAGUUUGACAGAUUUCACACAAGUCAAAUGAUCUGACCAAAUAUUAAGGUCAAGGUCAUUUUUUGCAUCUUUUCACACAUGAGCAUUGGUUAGGACACUAGAAAGCAAAAUUGGUCAGAAUUAAACAAUAAAUCGUAUCAAAAGGUACAAAGGUUAAAGGUCAAGGUCAAUUUUGUAACGUGUGUUCACUGAUGUCACAUUUUGUCAUGACAUUAUCAACCAAAGUUGAUCAGAAUUAUUCAAGUAGAUAACUGACAAAAGAUCGAGGGAAUAUGGGUCUAAAGGUCAAGACUAACAAAUGAGUAAUCAACCCUAAUUUACAUUUGUUAGCAAAUCAAAUAUGGGGGAGGUGGAGGAAGAAAAAACCAAAUGUCAAAACUUCAACUUCAGUGGCUAUACAUGUAUCCACACGACAGAGACUUUGCCCAUUGUUGGUACUCUACUGUAGUUAUGUUCAAAUUUAUUCUUUAAACAAGAUACAGGGAAAGAAUAUACCCUGUGGGCUUCCUUGACUUUGAUACGGAGAAGCUGGUCAUCAAAAUCCUUUUUUGUUGGUUUAUCUCUGCAAUAAUUCUAUACUUUCAUGGAGACCUUUGCUUCUAAAAUGAUAUACUCCUUUAUAUGUUAGGUUACAUAAUUGUCUUUAAGAUUUUUUUUUAUCUUUUUGUUACGGUUAAUAAAAACUUUGAUCAGGAAAAUAAA